AAAAGUAUUUUCACCCGCCAGAAAGCAAAGCCAAAAGAACUUUGAUGUAUCUGUGUUUCCUUUGUAGACUGCAGGGUCCUUUGAUCACAAAGAGUUCUGACCAAUGGAUUACUACUUCAGUUGUUGAAUAUUUCCAUGUGCUACCUUAUGCGCAGGUGAUCAGAGAAUGUUUCUUAAGGAAAGCAUUUGCUGACAAUCUACAAGAUCAGAGUUCAGGAGAAAGAGAAAGAGAACUGGAUUUAAACGGCUCCAAAAGCAGUGAAAGACAGUGUGAUUUAGAAUCUCAUACUGAUGGUGAUGGAUAUAGAUGCCAGAUAAACAGUGGUAUCGUGGAAGCUGCUGAAACUGGUGCUAGUAUUGAAUCAAAAACACAGAAUGUUAACCACAGGCAUUGUACCAAUGGUUUUUCAGAUGUUAUCAGCAGUCCCCACAAUAUGGAUGUUGAUGACUCUGCUGGAGUCCAUUGGGAAUGCAAAGCUACAAUUGAAGAGAUUAACCAUAGGGUCGAACUUAAUCCUCACCAAAUUGCUGUUAUGGUGGAAUUGACUACUCUAUGCACUCCUGGUUGCAGAGGCAAAGAUGGUACCAAUGGAGAAGUGGCUCCUGGCAAUGUGUUUUCCAUUCAACAUCUUAUGCCUGUUGGUAAUGAUUCUCGAAGUGUUAACCGAUCUGAUUCUAAGGAUUCUAAUUCUGCCAAAAUACAGAAGACCAUAGCCUCAAAGGAAAACUUCUUGUCAAAAACUGCUUUGAGAGUUCUACAUAGUAAAAGAGAUGAACUGGUUCUUAAUCAACGUCUCAUGGAGGAUAAGAUUGCUCAGUAUGAUAAAAAGAUCCAGACAAUUAUGAGUGGCGGCGAUGAUGAUCUGGAAUUAAAGAUAGAUUCCAUUGUAGAAGGCUGUGAUAACAUCAAGAGGGGACAUUUAUCAGAGGAAGUUGUGGAAAUGCCAAGUCCAUGCUGGGAGUUGGAUGAUAUGUGCUAUAAGAACAAUUGGAGACUGCCAACUUAUCGUGUAUCAGCAUUGGAUGAACUCUCUCUAAACCCAGAAAUUUCCAGAUCUGUUCUGCUCUGCGUCUUCCUCCCUUUGCUGUUCGUGAAUUGCUGGUGGGUGGGCGGCGAAAUUUUCAGAUCCCUUGAAUAUUCCCCUGCACUUCCCGCCGGCCUUCCCUUAGCUUGCAGCUCCGGUUUGCUUGCUGGAAUUUUGGUAAGUGGCAGCUCCAUUUAAGUCCCAAAUUACCCAUUAGUUGCUGGAAAUUUGUCUGUUAAAUUGCUGCCCUAUGCUGUCCGAAUUUUGCUGAAAAAUGGGGAUGAAUUUCGGUAGUAAUUAGAGCAUAAUUAAGCUUAAUUCAUGUAUAAAUUGCUUGAGUUGGUUGCUGUGAUUUUGGAGGAAAAUCCCGUGUGUUUUAGCCCCUGUUUUUGCCAAAGCCGUGCUCUUCCCUUUUGCCGUGAGAAUUGGAGAAUUUUGUAUGGGUGAUUUUGCAUAUAUAUAACCCGAUUGUAGUGUUCAAUUUUGGAGAAAAAAAUAAAUAAAUCUCGUGACUUCUUGUGUUGCCAAGCCAUGUUUUUCCCAUUGUUUGUCCGGGAGUCCACUUGGGAAAAAUUGGAAUUGAAAUAAAAGCCUAGUUCCCCAUUGUUUUAUCCUUGAGAUUGGGAAACCAUUUAUAUAUGUAUUUGUGUAUAUAAAUAUAUAUACACAAUCCGGUCAAUGAAAUUGCUUAUAGAAUUAAUUCUUGAAUAUUUGGUUAGGUUCUUGAUUCUUGGGGCACUUUAGUAUGUGGCUUGAGUCUCUGGUAUUACGUGAUUGAGGUAAGUAAAUUAUGGUAAUGCCU